AUGAUCAGUCUCUUCAGGCUAAAUGUUAUAUUAAUUCUCUGGAUCUCAACAAUGCAUAUGUGGAGGUGUUACCCUAUCGUCUCUUCUACGCUGUCUGGGAAAUCUGAUUAUGACCUGCUGAACCGUUGCCUAGCCAAGGUGGAUGGGUCUGAAGAGCUGGCGUUGCUAAAGCCUUUCCUGGAGAAGACGUUUAUUAAAAGGUCUUUUCGAAAUGGGGUUGGAUCAGGAAUAAAAAAAAAUUACUUUCAAAGAACAAAGUCAUAA